UUCGCCGUCGUCUUCGUCUCGAACCUGGGAAACAUGACGGAGGCGGCCCUGGGACUCUACCUCGGGCACGGCGGGCUCCAGGAGAUCACGCUGGUGCUGCCCAACACGCUGACCGUGGCCAGCGGCGUCUUCAAGAUGGUCUUCUUCUACCGCGACCGCGGCCGCUACUACGGGCUGGUGAGGCGCACCGACCGCCUGACCGUGCUGCAGCUGGCCGCCCCUGGAGAGGACGCGGCGGCCAUCGUCCGCGACGCCGGCAGACACUCGCUGAAGCUAUCCUCCUCCGUGUACGCCUUCGUUUCGCUGCAGAUCAUCGUCUGGUUCCCGAUGCCGCUGAUCGCCUAUCCCGGCCAACGCAAGCUGCCCUUCGUCCAGCUGCCCUGGAACAACAACACGGAGAUCCCCGUGUACGAGCUGUCCUACGCUCUGCAGUGUUUCUCGUCCUUCACCAUCAUCUUCAUCACGCUCGGCAUGGACUGCCUGUUCGCGGUGAUCAUGAUCCACGUGGCUGCUCAGUUCGAAAUACUGAUCACGCGUAUUCGGAAUCUGCGUCUUGACUUAUCAACGAGUGUAAUGCAGCAAAAACCAAUGUUGUCUCAGCGCAGCCGAAAUUCUGGGACGUCCAUGAAUACCCCAACUGAGUCUAAGGAAAUCUUAGAAUUCCAACAUCAAAUAACAGAAGCUCAUGAUAAAAUGUACAGCGACCUAUGUAACUGCGUCGAAGUUCAUCAAGAAAUUAUCAGAUUCGUCAGGCACCUGGAAACCAUGAUGAGUCCUAUCGCAAUGACGCAGUUUGUCUUCAGCGUGCUGGUCGCCUGUGUUGCACUCUAUCAAGCUACCUAUAGCGAAGACUUCAGCGCAGUGUUCCGGUGUGCUGGAUUCCUCCCCGUUCCAGGUGGCCAAGUUUACCUCUACUGCUGGGCGGCACACCUUAUUAUGGAACAGAGUGAGGCGGUGUCGGCAGCAGCGUACGCCUGCUCCUGGAUAGAAGCCAGCCCUCGUUUCAAGCGCACCCUUCGAAUCCUCAUGUGCCGCGCCCAGAAGCCGCUAGUGCUGACGGCAGGGCGCCUCUACCAGGUCCACAGGUCCACCUUCCUCUCGCUGGUGAAUGCAUCUUACUCAUAUUAUGCAUUGCUGGGGCAGAUUAGUAAACGUUGA